CUCUUCAUUUUAAGUGAACACCGGAACAGAGAAGGUGCAAGCUGCAUACAGCUCGAAGCCGAUCCUAUCGGCGAUUGCUCCCCGAUCGAUAUUAUGGCGGAAAGCGAGCCAACCAAUCCGAAGCCUCGGCCUAUCAUUCGCAUCGGCCUUCUUCUUAUAUCUCACAGCCUACUUGUUAGUGUUUUGUGCUGUACAUCAGGUGUGGUGGCUCUAUUGUUCUUGCCAGUUCUAGCCAAGAACACUUACUUCUCCGAGAAUGCACUAAUGCCUGGUUCUGCUAGUCCAAUGCUUUCACAUGAAGAUGUUUCACGUGCCAGUAGAUUCGUGAACAAUAUACUUAGCUUUAAUUCCGGAUCAGCUAGCACAGGCAUAGGAAUUCCGAGAAUCAUAGAGCAACACAUUAAAUACAUAGGUGGUGAAGUAAAUUUUCACAAAUUCCAGCCUCAAGAAAACAAGUUUCAUCCAUUGCAUUUCUUUUCUAGUCCUGAUCCCGAGAUAGUUCAAGAAAACUACACUUGUUCAGCAUAUGGUAUCAACACAAUUGGAAUAAUCAGAGCUCCACAUGGUGAUGGGAAGGAAUCUAUUGUUCUGGUGACACCUUAUAAUUCACUGAAGGUAACUGCAGGUGAGGCUUUAUCUCUGGGCAUUGGAUACUCGGUGUUCUCUCUCCUUACACGAGUUACAUGGUUAGCCAAAGAUAUCAUAUGGAUUGCUUCCGAUUCCCAGUUUGGAGAUUAUGCUUCAGUUGCUUCAUGGCUGAGAGACUACCACUCUCCCUCUUUUGGCGUGCCCCAUAAGCUACAUUCCAAAAUGUGUUAUGAGAGAAGUGUUGUAGAGUCAGAUACAAACACAGUGAUUGAAAAAGAAGCAUCUGAUGGUUUCAGACGUGCUGGCACGAUGGCGGCAGCUCUUGUCAUUAAGGUUGCUGAUGCCAGUGAAAGAGUAGAAAGAGAUUCUCUUUACGUAUAUGCUGAAGCAUCAAAUGGGCAAAUGCCAAACUUAGAUCUGAUCAAUGUAGUGAACUAUUUGGCAGUACAUGCCCAAGGCUUCCGUGUCAAGGUUGCAAAAGUGGGGUCAUUGCUCGACUCUUGGUGGCUGAAAAGUGUGGGUCGAUUACUUGAGACACUGGGAAAAGUGGCUAGAACUUUGAACUCCCAAUGGAACUUUGCAAUUCCUGUUACAGAAUAUGUUGAAGGCGCUGCUACUCUUGCAAGUUCUCUAUACAACCAGGCUUUGGGUAUUCCUACUGGGCCUCAUGGUGCUUUUCGUGAUGUUCAAGUUGAUUCAAUUACUGUGGAAGUUUGUCCUAAACUCUCAAGUUAUAAACUCCAUCAAAAUGAGUUCCUCUUCCAAGGUGGCAGGUUGGUUGAAGGAGUCGUGCGCUCUGUUAAUAAUCUCCUUGAGAAGUUUCACCAUUCAUAUUUUCUCUACCUUCUAACUUCCCCCAAUAAAUUUGUGUCUGUUGGAGUGUACAUGGUUGCGUUUGCCUUGCUUAUAUCUCCUCUACCAUUGGUUGCAGCUUCUCUUUUUAUUGAUUCUGGUAAACUAGAUUCCAUUGUGGAGGAGAAAACCAAACUCGUGUCUUUACCAUCUGCUAAUGACAACACUCCCUCCACUUAUAAAUCCUGGAAAUGGAUUAAAGCAGCAAAUAUGGUAAUUAUUGUCCAUGUAUGGGGUGCCACUGUAGCACUACUUCCACAGCUUUUGUCCAUUAUACCAGUUUCAUCAAUCCCAAACAAGCUUUUAGUCUGGGCCGUUCUUUCGCUUCUCAGCCUUUUGAUCUUGCAUGCUGUAAAUGGUUCCUCUCUUUCCUUUAGACGUGAAACCGAAUGGGCUCUAUUAAAGUCAGUGACCAUUGCUGCUGCCUUUAUUGGACUGUGUCUUAUGUCUGUAAUAAACUUUGCAACAGCAGAAAUUGGAGCACUGACACUGGUCCCAAUGUGCUUGAUGGCUAGACCUUUGGGUAAUUUUCAGGUUCCAAACAGACCAUUGGUGCUCAAGGGCAUGACUAAGACAUUGAAGCCGUGUGUCAGGGCAGCUUGUAGUGUGCUCCUGCUGUUUCUGGGUUUCCCUCCAAUUGCAUUCUUUGUCUUUAAAGGUGCAUUUCAAGGAUUCAACCAACUUGUGGUCAGUGAUCUGUGGAACUGGGUUGAGUCACUUUGGGUGUGGAGCAGUGCUACAUAUAUUUAUAUAUGUAUGGUUCACCUUCCAUGCUGGGUUUUGUGUAUGCACGUAACACUACUACAUCAAUUUUGAUUCAUUCCCAGGUUCAGUUCUUCCAUAUAUAUGCUAGUUUUGUUGGAUCACUGAUGGGAAACUAUAACUCCAUCGAUUAGAAAUGCAUUUUUAAUUAAUUAGAAAUUUAGAACCAAAGAUUGGAUUUUCUCGCUUUUCUUUAAUUCCAACGGGUGAGAUCCUAUGUAGUUUAUGUACGGUCUUCAAUCAGUAUGACCUGUACAAUGUACCUGCCACUACUUAACACGUAUCUUAUGUUUCGCUACAAUCCACUUUAAUCA